UGUAAAAAUUUUCCCUCUUUUGCGUGCGCUUGAACCCUGGCAUUUUCUUAACCUCUUCUUCCCCGUUGCCUUCGUCUCCUUCAACCUUUGACCUCCGUUCGAUCGCCACUUUAACCUCCCCAAUAACCCCCUACCUCCACCCCUUUGCUAAAUCCUUCACCCAAAAACCCACUUCACAAAUCCACAGUUUCUGUCCUCGGAAACUCUAAGACAGAGACCUCGCUUCUUCCUUUCACUGGUGCUUAUCCCCCUUACUUCUUUGAUACCCACUUCCUCCCAAGGUCGGCUCUCUUAUGAAUCGCCAUGGGGACGAGGAGGCAGCAAUUGAGUCGAGAGGAGGAGGAGGAGCCACCAAGUCGCGGUGCCGCCACAAUUUCGAGCCAAUCCGUGUCGACCAGCCGGAGCAUAGGGUCGCCGUCAAGCCGGAGCGAGCAGACGAUGGCUACACCUGCCAGUGACAGCACUUUGUUUCGGCUAAACCAUCUGGACAUCCAAGGGGAUGAUGCCGGAUCGCAGGGCGCUGUUGGUAGCAAGAAGAAAAAAAGGGGGCAACGGGCAGUUGGAGGUGAUAAGAGUGGAAGAGGACUCCGCCAGUUUAGCAUGAAAGUGUGCGAGAAAGUGGAAAGCAAGGGGAGAACUACUUACAAUGAGGUGGCAGAUGAACUAGUGACAGAGUUUACUGAUCCUGGUAAUAGUGUCACAUCCCCAGAUCAGCAACAAUAUGAUGAGAAAAACAUCCGUCGAAGGGUCUAUGACGCUCUGAAUGUUCUCAUGGCGAUGGAUAUUAUAUCUAAGGAUAAGAAAGAGAUACAAUGGAGAGGUCUGCCUCGUACAAGCCUAAACGAUAUUGAAGAAUUGAAGACGGAGCGUUUAGGACUCAGGAACAGGAUUGAAAAGAAAGCUGCAUAUUUGCAAGAAUUGGGGGAACAAUUCACAGGCCUUCAGAACCUGAUACAACGAAAUGAGCAAUUAUACAGCUCUGGGAAUGCUCCAAGUGGAGGUGUGGCUUUACCUUUUAUUCUGGUUGAGACCCGCCCUCAUGCGACUGUCGAGGUGGAAAUAUCGGAGGAUAUGCAACUGGUGCAUUUUGACUUCAACAGCACCCCAUUUGAGCUCCAUGAUGACAACUACGUUCUGAAGGCAAUGAAAUUUUGUGAAAAACCACAGAUUGAUGAUGAUAUGGCGCACAAUCUCUCUGGAGAUGGAGGUGAAGGUUCUAGCAUGUAUCAACCACAGAUCCCAGUUCCUUCAUUGUCAAACACAGCGGUUAGGCCUCCCACCUCACCGCCUCUUCCUGGAAUACUAAAAGCACGUGUCAAGCAUGAGCAUUAAUCAGCAGGAUUGGCUCAAACAUCCCAACAUGAGUACUCUGCAUAUCUGUAUAUUUUGCAAUGUAAUAUGCCGGAAGUGCAUGGCCCCUAAUGAUUAUGCUCAUCUCAUUAGAUUGCCCUCGUUCUGCAAAUAUCUAAAUCUACAAGCAGAUCGUGCACUUCUUCAGAGAAACUUUAGGAGGUUUUUUUUCUGGCAAAUUCGUUGCUUUACAUAAUCUGCCAAUGUAAUUUUUGUUAUCAUAUUCUUUUCCUGCUUUUAUAGCCUUUUAUAGCCUUUAAUGUUGUAGAAAUGGGAGUGUUGGAGUGUAGAUUUUCCAGCUCCGUUGAAAAUUAUAGGAUCAAUUUAGCAAUUGGAAUUCCCUCCCUGUA